AACUCAUCCGUGUUGUUUUGUUCGAGUUCCAAAGUCUGUUUUAAUAAUUCAAUAUCAACUGCACACUGGUUGUCCUUCACACGAAUGUGAGGUCAAGAGUCAAACGUCUGUAGGAGUGGCAAAAGAAAGAGCCUGGGUAUGAGGUUUUUUCAAAACGACUUGUCAGAAUUCAUCUUAAACGAAGUAUUAGAGUUUUAACUUACAAGACCAGUUCAAAAUGGAGUUGUUCAAAAUCGAACGUUACGAAGGAGAAGUGAAUCUGAAAGAAAAUGUGGAGAGAGAAUCAAGAAAUCUUGCGAAAUUACUCGAAGAAGCACGUGAAAGAAAGCGAUUUCGAAAAAUCAUGAAACUAAAGCAUGGGGAAGAAGUUGAGAGUGGUGAAAAUGGUGAAUUAGCGGCUGAAGUCACAGCCACUGGCACUUCUGCAAUAACUCUUUUGGAAACGGAAGAAAGGCUGAAUGAAUUUAGUCAUGAUGGAAACAAAAAGAAAAGGUUUAAGGGUGACAUCAGUCAUAAAAAAGUACGCAUAAGUACUGAUAAAAAUAAAAUGAACAAACUUAAACAUGCAGAUACCCAGUUGAUUGUUGAAGAGGAUGACAGUGUGCAUAACAAAAGUUUGAUACAAGAAAGUGACUCCACUGUCAAUGAUGACAAAUGGUCAGAUAGCAAGAUUUUGAAAGAUUCCAGUGAAAUUACUUCAAAGCAAACAACCUCAAAUAAUGAAGUUAUAUCUAAAACAGAGAUGACUGUAAUUGGCAAAAACAAAACGAAAGAAAAACAGUAUGCUGUUCAGAGAAACUUGCCAAGAUGGCUAGCCAGUCCAUUUUUCUUCUCAAGUGAGGUGAACAAAAAUCUUGUUCCUGUCUCAAAGAUUGCAGGUCUAAGCUCAUAUUUAUUGAGCAAACUUGAAGAAAAUGGUAUAAGGAAUUUAUUUCCAGUUCAAAGUUCAGUCAUUCCUGCAGUACUUGAGUCUUGGGAGCGGGUUAGUCUCGUGGGAAAGGGUGGAUUUGUACCACAAGAUAUCUGCGUUUGUGCACCAACAGGAAGCGGCAAAACUCUUGCAUAUGUACUUCCUCUAAUUGAGCUACUAAGCAGCAGCAACAUGCGAAGACUCGAAGCGUUGGUGGUUGUUCCCACCAAAGAUCUUGCAACUCAAGUUUGGAAUGUGUUUGAUCUUUAUGUUCGGGGAACUGGACUUCAUAUUUGCCUUGCUAAUGGAUUAAAGACUUUGCAAAAGGAACAGCAACAAAUACUUGGUUCGAAUAGUAAUGUGAACGUACUCGUUGCAACCCCUGGAAGAUUGGUUGAACAUUUAUCGAAUACAAAUGGAUUCACUUUGCAGUAUCUACGAUUUUUAAUUAUCGACGAAGCUGAUCGUCUUUUAGCUGAGCCCUAUUUUAGUUGGCUUGAAAGAGUCUAUGAAUCUGUAUUUUGUUCAAAACGCGGUCAGAUUUCAAGGUCCCACCCAAGGUGUUUGACGCCAUUAGGAAUGGAAAAAAUACAAAAGCCACUGCAGAAGCUUUUGUUCUCAGCAACUUUAACGCAAAAUCCAGAGAAACUGGCUCCACUUCGAUUAUACAGACCUAAGUAUUUUACCGUGUCAAAGCCUACGACUGACAAUGACGGGUCGAAUGAAGAAAACGAAGGAAGUUGCGAAACAUUUUUGAACAUUCCAUCGACGUUGAAAGAAUCGAUAUACAUUUGUAACAACGGUGAAAAACCUCUAGUUUUGUUAUAUCUUCUUGUUGAACAAAGUCUUGAUGGAGUUCUUUGUUUUACGUCAUCAGUAGAAUCAACUCAUAGGUUGUUCCUAUUGGUGAGAAAUUUUGGUGCAAUAACAGCUCAGGAGUUCUCCUCUAACUUAAGCGCUGCAAAUCGACAAACAAUUUUAAAUGAGUUCAAGUGUGGUCAUACACAAAUUAUCAUAUGCUCGGAUGCAAUGUCACGUGGUUUGGAUGUUCCAUCAGUAAAAUAUGUAAUCAGUUAUGAUCCCCCUGUUUCCUCAAAGACUUACGUUCACCGAAUUGGAAGAACAGCUAGAGCAGGCAACAAAGGAACUGCGAUUACCUUGCUUCACGACAAUGAAGUCUUUCAUUUCAAGAAAAUGAGAAAAUCUCUUAAAACAAAUAAGAUUGAUAAAGUGUCAGUUAAAAGUGAUCAUCUUCAAGGUUUGAUGGAACGGUACGAAUCUGCUCUCAAACUGCUUAAAUCUGACAUCACGAAAGCAAAAAAACAGCAUAAGCGGAAGCAUUUGUAAUAUUAUUGUUUUUGUUUACCUGUCUGUCUCAUUAAUUUUGGAGUGCAAACUAUACCACUAUACUUUGAAAUGACACUGAGAAAUUUGGGUGUUCGGAGCAAAGUCCCCUUCAGGCGAGGAGGCCCUUAUUAUCGCUCAUAUUACUGUUCCUCCCUGUAUUUUUGGGUCCCUCUCUUUACCUCGGUCAAAUUGCCCUUAUCCCUCUCCUCUGUCUGUGGUUGCACGAACAGCAACGAUACACUUUUUUCCUAAUGUAUGCUUAGAUGAGGGAUCUGUGUAACGUUUAUACCGCGGGCUUUUAUUCUUAAUCGUUAUUUUAAAGAACUGCGGAACAUUUUUUAUCGGGUAGGGGGGCUUUCAACCACCUUGUGGGUGCAAGUUAGGGGUCGAAGGAAAAAUUUGAAAUAGCCGUCUUGCAUCGCGGUCCCCGAAUUCCAAUCUUCACCAAUGGGAACAUGAUGUUGAUGAUAGGUAGCUUUUGUCGUACACGUAGCAUUCAAAUUAUUGCUUGAACUAUUGUUGAGAGAAUUCUUGCACAAUUCUUAACGUAAUACUCAAUCGUUGACAGUGGAGUGGUGGCAGGGGGUAGGGAGGCCCACCCCCACCCCCCAGCUGUUGAUUUUUUGGGGGGGGGGGGCGCAAAAAGGAAUAUGAGUCACAAAGUUUUAAAUUUGGGCUAGAAUAAUGAAUUUGAAGCAGAACAGUUAUUUCCACAGUUAUAAUAUACAGUUAAUGAAGUUAACUUUUGGGGAAAAGGAAGACUGAUGGAAAUGAAACCUUUUAAGGACAGUCGUUUUACAGUCAAUUAAGGAAUAAAGUAAUUGAGGAGCAUUCUUGAUGUUUCUUAUGUGGCACAACACCUGACUUGUCAAUUGUCACAAUGACUGUAGACAAAAUACAGGGCCAAAUUUAAUGUCCUUAUAGGGGGCGCAACAAGGCCUAAAAAUGUAUAGUUUUUUGCCUAUUUCAAUCAAUUUUCUUAGCUUUCUCCCACAGACUGGAAUCUUUACUUGCAUUGCAUCUUAUUAUUAAUCCAAGCUUGAUAAUAUUUUUUUGUGGGUAGCCUGCUCACAGGCUGAUCACAAUGUUAUACUAAAAAAUGUCCAGGUGUUAAGACGGCAAUUGACACGACUACAUGACGAUGAUGCGUUACGAAAAAUAUUCGAAAGUAUAAAAUUAAGGAAAUUUGUAAAAUUUACUGGCGAUAGUUAAAAUAAACAUCUCAAAAUAUCA